GGGGGAACAUUUUGUAGGAGUUGGCAUCCCUGAUUUUUAGUUGUGGAUUGUGUUUACUGUUUGUGUGCAAGUGUCACCUGUGACCUGAGGGUUUUGGGCCGGAGAAAUGUCUUCUGCCGAUGAUAAUAUAAAAAUUCGAGCUGUUGUUUUAGGAGGGUGCGGCUUUAUUGGCCGCAAUUUGGUGGAGUACCUCAUAAAUAAUGACCUUGUCACGGUGCUACGAGUGGUGGACAAGACUCCGCCGCAACUUGCUUUCCUCAAUCCCUCUCACACAAAAUGUUUUGAAGAUCCUCGUGUCGAAUAUAAGAGUGCUAAUUUAAUAAAUCCCGCAUCAUGCGCGUCAGCUCUAGAACCGGAUGGGGGCCAAUGGGAUCUGGUGGUAAACUGUGCAGGUGAAACAAGGGUUGAAAAGACUGAAGCAGUCUACUCGGAAGGUAUAUUCACCCUCAGUGUCAACGUUGCCAAGCAGUGUGCGAAAGUGAAAGUUAACCGCCUUAUUGAAAUAUCUAGUGGACAAAUGUACAGCAGUGAUAAGCCCCACAAGGAAGACGGCCCUGUGGAUCCAUGGACAGUCGAAGGACGAAUGAAGAGCAAAGUUGAGCAGGAAUUAAAGAAAUUGGAGAGCGAACUCAACUACACUAUCCUAAGACCUGCUAUUGUCUAUGGCGUAGGAGAUAGGCGGAGUCUCACACCCCGUCUAUUAUACGGUGGAAUCUACAAACACCUAGGUGAAACGAUGAAGCUUCUUUGGACGGCUGAUCUCAAAAUGAACACCGUUCACGUCCGAGACCUCUGUCGGGCAAUAUGGAAAUUGUCCAGCUCGCCCGAAGCCCAGGGGCAAACGUACAACGUGGUGGACGAAGCCAACAGCUCCCAGGGCAGAUUGGCGGAGAUGGUCGCCGAGAUAUUCAAGAUAAAUCAUGAUUAUUACGGAAAGGCCAUAUCUUCACUGGCCAAGAACGACAUCGCCUCGGUGGCGGAAGAGGCCAACGUGAAGCAUCUGACCGCGUGGGCCGAGAUCUGCCGAAAGUACAACCUGGAGCACUCCCCCUUGGAGCCGUUCGCCAGCACCGAGCUGCUGCUCAACAAGCAGCUGUGUCUCGACGGCUCCAAGCUUCGGGACCUGCUCCCGCUGGAAGCGCCCGAGCCCACGGUCGACCGACUGCUGGAGGUGUUGCAGGACUACGCUUCCAUGAACCUGUUCCCGAAGGAGCUGCUCGUAUGACCGCGAGGUGUCGAGACCCGCGUUUCUGCGCUACCGUGCUGUCUGUCGAAGUAUCGGUAGCGUCGAAGCUGCUUUUGAGACGUAUUUUUCGAAAUUCUUAAAUGACCAUUUGGAUGCUGUGAUAGUUUGACAUUUAAAGACAUAGUUUAUAGAUUUUAUUGAUGAAGACUGGAGAGGCCGAU